AUGGGUGAAGAUUUAGCAGAUGUUCAGCCUAGAACGCCGUGGCAGUCCAUUAGGGGCAUAAGCCGACUGUUCGCGAUAGGUGCUCGUCUGUGGUUGCUCUUCGGUUUUGUGAUCGGAUUUGGAUCCCUUAUUACAUCCAUUUGGAUUCUGUUCGCUGAUUUCGUUGACAAAGGCGUUUCCAAUCAAUGGCGUGGAGUGUCGCUGUUCCUGCAGAACUUUCUGAUUUUCGUCGCUUCGUUAGUAUAUAAAUUUGGUCGAACUGAAGAGGUCUGGGGUUGA